AUGAACACUGGCGGCAUGAUGAUUGUAAAGUCGCGGCAGUUGGAGAUCAUGCGGCAAAGAAUACGUGGCCAUCCGUCCCCCGCGCACAAACAGGUGCAUGUCCUCGUGGAGCAGCUGCAACGCUCCUCUUGCCUGGCAACAGACAGCGCGUCAAUCGUUCAGUUUCAGCUUCGGAUGGCCACGUUGCAGUUGCUGCUCUCCUCCCGCAGCGUCAGCACCAAGUCUGGCCAACUUGCGUGUGUUGCCAAAACUGCUGCUGCUGCUGCUGCUGUUGCUGUUCGCCCUCAUCAUCGCUGGGCGCUGUGCUUGCAGUUGCCACUGUUGUUCUUGUUGUUCUUGGCAGGCUUGUCGGUGGCUCGUGUCCACGGCAGCGGCUGCUUGAAGGAUGCUCUGCCACUGACCCACACCUCCACACCACCACAUCUCCACACCUCUCCACGUCCGUUUCACAACACCAAGGACCGCACGCUGUCCCCCUCCGUGGACACAACAUUGAAGCAACUGGACACCACGCUCAAAGAGCAUCGCGUGCCGUUUACCACUGGACAGUUGCGUCCACGGAAGCACUCCUUUCAUCAUGAUUGA